AUGGCUUUGAGUUUUUUUGGAGAGUGGGCAAAGACGGAAUUUUACCCAACAGCUACUCCAGGCAAUGAAGAAGAGGAUGAACAUGAACUACCAACAGUCAUCUUUGACGAAGAAGGCUAUGCACAACUUCCUUCUCGUGAGGGUGUCACGCUCAAGAAUCAACAAGAACUGGUCCGCAUGAUUUUUCAUGCUGCAUACAAAGUUUUCACAGGUAGCCAUAAACCUGUGCCUUGGCGCUCCAUAACACCUUGUCCAUCUGAGUAUCUGGAGGCUGGUUCUGUUCCUGACGACCUUAUUAUCUGUGACCCCUCUCACAUGAGAGCCAAGGACAUCAACACAAUCUGGCAUUAUUGGGAGAGGCGUAGCAUGGCACAGAAGAGACUUGUCACUUUCACAAAGGCAAGGUCAUGUGACAUGAGAAUUAAUGCGGUGAACAGCGCCAAUGUCAAAGCUAGUUCCAAGAAGGACAAGCCAUAUAUUGAGGUUGGCUCUGAAGCUGAUGAACAGCAUAGUUCAGCUGGAUUGGAUACUACAUUGGCUGUAUCAUCGCCAGCUGAGGUGCCUCGAGGUCACCGCUUUGAAUUUUUAGAUGCUCUCAGCUUGGAUAGGUCUUACCUAGAGCUUGUAGAUGCAGUCAAGGAUCUGGCUACAAUAACUGAAAACCUUCCAACACCAGAGGAGCAACUCGACCUACCUCCCUGGGUUAAUUGGUCUUCAAAAGAGUCUUAUCUUCCUGCAUCUGAACACAUGUACCUGGAUUCAGUGAUAGGCAGCUUGGACCUGCUGACAGAGGCCCCAAUUCAAUCUGCAUACUCAGCUGCCCUAGUGGUCUUAGGCCUUGGAUUGCUUUCGAGGGACUGCAAGCGCUGA